AUUCCGGAGUUUUUAAUCAUUAAAUAUUCGACUUUUAUUCUCUCCAAUUAUCACGCCCCCACUCAAAGAAGGAUGAAAUGUAAACAACGUCAGCAGUUGAUGUCGUAAGUCUAGAUCAUGGCUACAGUUUUUGAGAAGAAAAAGGAGACAAAAAUAACGCUUGAUGACACUAUACCGCUAAAAUGUUGGGUGGAAUCAGCCGAAAAACGAGAAGAUCACAUGAAAUACUGUGUUAAAGUACAGAGAGGUCCAAUACCAGAGCAUAGCUGGACAGUUGACAAGCGGUAUAAUGACUUUGUUGCCUUGGAUGGCGAAUUAAAGAUCUCUAAUAUAGAGCUUCAACUUCCUCCAAAGAAAGUGUUUGGUAACUUUGACAGAGAAUUUAUUGCAGAGAGACAACAAGGAUUACAGGACUACCUUGCUGCUGUUGCUGAUCAUCAUAUGUUAUCAAAUACAUUAUACUUCAAAAAAUUCCUGGAUUCUACAAAUUAUGCUGUUAAUAUUCCAGAGUUGGCAUUACAACAUGUAUCCAUGGUGUUUAGAUCAGAGAAAAAAUGGGAUGUAGUGGAGCCACUGCCAGAUAUAGGUUGGAGAAUAAGGAAGAGUUAUAUAUUAGUGAAACCUUUAGAGCAGCCUAAAGUUCGUCAAGUCCUGUCUUGGAGUGGAUUUGGUCCAGAUAAAUAUAUUCCUGAAAAAGAAUUAAAUGCCAUAAUGAAAUUAUUACCCACCAUUCAGCAUCCUCAGAUAUGCCCGGUGAUUUUCUCUACUACGACAGAGAGUGGGGGGUUAACCAUAAGAGCCUUUCAGGAGAGGGGCACCUUGAGGGACUCAAUUUGUAAAUGUAAACCAAAGAACCACUUCUUAAAAAAGUACACAAAUCCCAAAGCAUACUCAGCAUUAGACUUAAAUGCGGUGAAAAUUGUCGGAAAACAGAUUCUUGAUGCUUUGAAAUUUCUACAUGAAAAAGGAUUACCAUAUGGUCACUUGCAUGCUGGCAAUGUGUUACUAGACGGUGGGAGAUGUUGCUUGUUGGACAUAGAGAACUGGAUGCUAGGGCUACCAUCUUAUUAUAGACCAUUCUUUACACAGUACAAGAAAAUCAAUACUUGUGAGUUGAUUGAUGUCUACUGUUUUGGCCAGCUACUCUAUGAGUUGACCUACGGUAAACAGCUCCUGGCUGCCACCUGUGAUUCAUUCCCUCCAUCUUCUCCACCAGAGAUUAGAUCUGUCUUGGAGUCAAUUUUGUCCCCAGAAGCCUGUAAGGGUGGCCUGCCAACUGUUGAUGAUCUUCUCUCUCAUCCGUUCUUUGCUGGGGUGACUCUACCUCCAACAGAUAAACCAGUCCUGAAAAUCCCAAGCAAGUUAAAAGAGGCCAUAAAGAGUGCAAAAGAGCAAAUGGAGAAAAGGCUGAAGGAAGAACAAAAAAUUAUUAACCAGUUAAAGAGAUUAUCCAAAGCAAAGCAAUUCCAUAUGUCAGAAGAUGAGAAAAAGAAAAGACGGAAAUCUAAAAAGAAAGUGGUCCAGGAGAAUGGUGAUGUUUCAGGAGAGACCUCAGCACCGUCAUCGUCAUCUUCAUCUAAACCAUCUGAUUCAUCAUCUAGCCAGACUUCUAAAGUUUCCAGUGUACCAGCGGCUCCCCCAGCCCCUGCUGCUCCAGCACCCCCACCCGCUCCAGUGGCACCACCCCCACCAGUGGCUCCAGGAGCUCCCCCUCCUCCAGCACCACCUGCUCCAGGAAAGUCAACACCUGCACCAACUCAGGAAGGAAGAGCAGCUCUCUUAGGAUCCAUCACCAACUUCUCUAAAGGGGGCUUGAAGAAAGCUGUUACAAAUGAUCGUAGUGCACCCAAAUUAUAAAAGAUUCAAAUUCACUGUACACAAAAAAAAUCACUUUAUUGCUAUUUCUCUGUUUUAAUACUGGUAAUGGUGGGCCUGUGGUGAGUGGUUUUCAGACCUAACUAUCAGUAUAAAUGUGUACUGAUUAACUGGAGAUUUACUACUUUUAUUGUAGACUGUAUUUGGUGCUUUUCAAAUCUGUGCAUAGCAUUCUUUGUAUUCAUUACCUUUUUAGCUGGUUGAGAUUGGAUUCAUUUUUAUCGUUCUUUUAUUUUAUUGUUAGAGAAUAUAGAUAAAUACUCACUUUAAAUGUUGGAUGACUUAAAAUGGAACUCAUCUCUUUAUUAUUAGUUUUUCUUUCAUAAAAGAAAUUGAAUCAAAUGAAUAUAAAGUGAAGGCAUUUUUGAAAAGUGAAUACUCUUUUUUAUGGAAAUAAAAUUGGAGUCUUUGAAAUAGCUAGUUUUCUCUGUUUAUUCUUUACAAGGAAUUAUCUGUAUAUUUUUUUUUCUUAAUGUCCAGAGAGAAAUAUUUAUAUCAGGAGUAAUCUAUAUAUUUUGAACUACAUAUUUGUAGUUUUCAUUUAGUUUGCAAAAGUGAUUUGGAGUCUGAUAUUUUUUCUGCCAUGAAUACUGUUGGCAGAAGUAAGAAUUCAUUAUUACUGAUGUGUAAUUAGGAGCAGUGAAAAUAAAAUUUUGAGUUAAAGGAGGUUGUACAAGAUUAUAUCCCUUACAUGCACAUUCAGACCUACAGAUAAUUUUAUAGACAUUUUUUCUGUUUUCUUCACACCUGCAUUCAAUACUCAUAUCUAAAUUUGUUAGUAGGAAACAUGUUCAUGUACUUGUUUAUGUACACCCUAUAGAUUUAUUUAAAAUUUUCUUCUACAAAUCUUAGAAUAUAUCCAUAUGAAGAUUUUUCAAUGUAAAAUUGUUUCUAUAGCAGUAGUUUACUGAGACUUCUAGUGCAAUGCAUUUAAUUAAGUGUAAAUUAGAUGUCUUUUCAUUGUUGUGAUACCUUCAUGUUGUGGCAGUCCUUUUUAUGCUAGAAAAAUGUGCAAUUAAAAUUAUCUACAAAGAUAUAUUAUAGUUAGUACAUAUAUGUCUAUUAUCAGAUUUCUUUUCAGUUUGCAUAAUGGGAUAAAAAUCUUACUUGAAUUGGUGUGUUGAUUUCUAAUGAGUAGGGAAAAUAAGCAGAUAAAACUUAAUAUAUAACUUUAAUUUCUAAUUCAUGUAGGAAUGAUUCACAUUCUUACAUGUAUAUAACAAAAGGGAUAAUAAAUCAGACAUGUAUAUAGGUAUAAUUUGGAACCUUUUUCUGUUUUCCCAGAAAUGUGGCACAAUUCUAAGAUUUAUUCCUCGUCUCCUGUGCUGUUUGGUUGUUAAUAUUAAUCUUAUUUUUUAUUUGUAAAUUGACAAUAUUCAUAUUAGGUUAGAAUUUUAUCAUAAUAUUUCAGGAUUUUACAAGUUCCCGUUAAAUUUUUCAAAUGCUCAUUCUGCUUUUCUGCAUUAAUACUGGGUUGUUUAAAUUACUUUGUUUUGUUAGUUUUGUAUCACCUUUUGUUCACAGAAUUUUAUGCAUUAUACUUUUGGCCUUUGAAAAUGAAGGAUCCAUUACUUGGAAAUAAAUUCAAGUACAAUUUGCAAACUUGAUGAAAGGCAUAUUUUGUAUACUGUUGGUGUAAUCUUUUGCUUAUAUACAGAAAAAAAUAAAGUGGUACGUAAUAGAAAGCAA